UGUUGCCAUGGUUACCGUUCAAGUAGCGUAAUGGACGGAGGGACAUACUUGUCUUAGGAAGUAUUUAUUGCAUUUAGUACUGUUGAUUUAUUUUUCGGCUCAUGUAUUUUAAAUUAAAAUGAGUAUUCAAACCUGGCUGCAAAGAAGAAAUACCAUAAAUCGUAGAAGAUUCGUAGAACUUAACUCAGAUGUUCUUAAUAUUCCGCCAGCUGAUACGUUGGCAUUUUGCUUGAACAAUUUGGAAGAGACCGCUGCCAGACGAAUACAAACAGCUUGGAGAGGUUAUAGAGCGAGAUGGAAGCGUGCUGAGGUGCGAGAUGAGCUUAGGAGGGAAAAGGCUGCAGUAACCAUACAAAGGAAAGUGCGCCACUGGCUGCAUACUCGGGCAGAGAGGCAAGAAUGCAAGCCCUGCCACCCAGUGAACAGAAUUAGUGAAAGGAGGCUGCAACAGCUGCAGUUGGAAGUGAGCAGAACAUGUUAUUUUCCCAGGUGGAAGGAAGACCAUCAGAAUAUCAAGUUUCCAGGAAUGAAGCAAAUGCUUGACGUGCAUCUCCAAGUGCAAAAUAGGCUUACAAGCUUCUAUUGUCAUGUCAGCGAGGGAAUAAGGCGGCAGCAACAUGAAGAAGCAAGAUGUGCACAACUUGAGGCCCUCUCCAUGCUGAUGAAUGAAAUGCCAGCUCUGUCGCAGAAUGAGGAUGUGGAUAUCAGUUGGUACAGCUGUUGCCUUCCAUUUGCUGCUGCAGCACGGCUUGCUCACAAACGGCAGUUGCAGUCUGUGCAUCCUCUCUGGCGACAUAAACUUAAGUCAUAGCUGUGUGUUGUUCUCAUGAAAAGGAGACACACCUGUCAUUACAAAAUAGGGUUGCAUGCUGAAGUUAUACUGGGUGAUUCACGAAGUUUUACCCUGGCUUAUGGUACAUAUUCCUGGGGUCAUUUCCCGCAAAAUUUCCUUAUAAAC